AUGUUAGGAAAUGGACUGGUUGCGGCCUUCAACACCGAGUUAAAAUCAUUAACAGAUUCACAGCUGCCGGUUUCUAGAGCCAAAAUGGCUUCGAUAACAAGGGCCGCUAUAAAGGCUUUAAAAUAUUAUAAACAUGUGGUACAGAUUGUUGAGAAGUUUAUAGCGAAAUGUUCACCGGAAUAUAAAGUCCCUGGAUUGUAUGUAAUCGAUGCCAUUGUUAGACAAUCUCAGUACUUUUAUCGCGAGAAGGAUGUUUAUGGACCCAGAUUCCUUCGUAACCUAGUGCCUGUAUUUAUUUCCCUUAUGAAUUGCAAUGAGAAAGAUAAGCCAAUGCUAAUGCGCAUGUUGUAUUUGUGGCAAAAAAGUUCUGUCUUUCCAGAUGAAGUUAUAAAGGCACUGUGCAGUGUUAUAUCGGAUCCCAAAAAUCCACAGGUUGUUGGAAAAGCCACAGAAAUACCCCCAACUGUAGACAACUGUGUAUCUAGAGACGAUAAUGCAGUAUCUGCUUCUGAGAUCGCUAGUGAUUGCGCCCAAAGGAACACAAGCGCUAAGGUUCAACUACUUCAACUACAAGCUUUACAAAAAAAGAUUGCUGAACAAUCAGCAUUACUUAAUCAAGAACAAACAAUUGAUCCGGAGGUGCUGACACAAAUUCAUAUUCUUAUGUCAGAACUAACUAGACGAGCAGAAGCAGCAACAGUUCAACUUGCUAAUGAACAAGCCAAUGAAGAUUUAAAUGUGAUUGAUCCAAAUUUGUUGGCACGAAUACAAUCAAUGGUUGAUACAUUGGCGCAUACUCGUGUAUUACAAAAACAACUAAAUCAAGCACGAGCUGAACGUCAUCACCAUCAACAACACUCAAGAUAUCAGCAACAACAAUCAAAUACUAUUAUUCGAUCUAUCAAUGGUGUAACAGCUGGUCAAUUGGAAGAUGAUACAAAACUAAUUCGGCCUACAGAUAACCGUGGUGGUUUAGUUAGUUCAGUUAAGCUAAAAACAGACACAUGUAUUCGAAAUGAUUCAAACAGAUUAAUACGACCUACAACACCUCCAUGUUUAUCAGAUGCUGAAGACGAUCCUGGAAUUCUACCACAGUCAUGUGAUAGAAAACUUCACUUAACAAAAAAGAAUAAAAUUGCAAAUAGAGCUAGUGCAAAACAUUUAGACUCCAAAUCCUUAGAUGUUACUUUUCAUGAUUCCAAUGUCUGUCAUGGUUCACGUAAACAUCAUAUUUAUGAUUCACAUCCAAUGCAUAAUUUCGAUAGAGAAACUAGUCAUGUAGAUGGAUUUUUACCAUCAGAUAACUCUUCAUUUUCCGAUCGAAAUAAUAGUAAUAUUAAUCAUAAUAAUGAUCAAGUUCAUCCAUUUCGAGAACAUACAAAUCGACUUGUUUCAGAAUAUGAAAAUUGUGAUGAUUGGAAUAUUUCAUCAAGUCAAAGAGUUCGUAAUAAAUAUAGUCGUCUCGAUUCGUACGAUGAUCGUGUUGAUCCCCCUCAUUCUCAUCAUCAUCGACAUGUUUUUCUUGAAUCACAUAAACUUGAUGUAUCCGACAAUGAACCUGAACACUCAGAUCAAUUCGUUGAUGAUUAUGCUUCAGACUCACCUAUUCUGAGUCCUGUUCGUCGACGUUUUGACGAUAGUCUGUUUCAAAAUGAAUCAAAAACAUCUUGGCUUGCCUACAUUGAAACCAGAUCAUGUUGGAUUUUAUCGCAUACAGUGUUUAUUGGUCAUUUACAUAAACAAUUAGCUGAAAGCAAGCUAACAGCACUUUGUUCAGAAGUAACUGAAGGUCAAGUAAUUGAAUGUAAUUUUAUUCCACCACGUGGGUGUGCAUUUGUUACAUUUGCUACUCGAAGAGCUGCACAUCGUGCAGUGACUCACAUGGAUCAAUCUACAUUGAGUGGUCGAGAAAUUAAAGUAGCCUGGGCUCCAAAUCUCGGUAUUAAAUCAAGAGAAGAUUACGUCACCAAUUAUUGGGAUACUGAUGAAGGUUGUACUUAUUUACCGAUAGAAGAAGUUGUAAAAUUAACACGUCCCCAAUUCGAUGAUCUUUUAGCUGGUUGUGGUGAAGUUGAUGAAGAAUCUCUCACUGAUCCUCGACUUAGAGGUUUGAUCAUGAUGAACAGUAAUAAUAAUAAUGAUAGUAAAACACAAUCGAUUAGUAGUCCUAAUGUAAAGUCUGUUAAGAGGAUACAAACAACACCAACCACUCAAAAAUCUACAACAAACACCUCGACAAAUUUAUCAGUAUCAGUUUAUUCUCCUGUUGUUGUACCACCGUCUGUCCCAAUGAUAUUAACUCGCCCUAUACCGCCAAUGCAGCCGAUGGUUCCUCGAUCAGUCCCAUUAAUCCUACCUUUAGUAGCGGCAUCAGUUCCACGUAUGUCAGUCCCAACACAACCAUUAUAUUUUCAGCAGAACAAUACAACAGCUACUUCUAGAGCACCUCCCCCACCACCUCCACCUCCUCCCCCCCCUCCUCCACCGCCACCGCCUCCACCCCCUCCUCCUCCACCACCACCACCUACACAACCGUCAACCACCCCUCCCCCUCCCUCUGCCACUAUAUCAUCCCAACCUCAUUCAACAACCACUUCAUCCGAAUGUCAGUGGAAUCCUGGAAUUAAUGCGAAUCAUCAACGUGUUGUAAAUCAGCAAUUAUUACAACAAAAUCCGAAGCCAGAAUUGUCAACUUCAAGUUUUGCCGGGCUUAGACCAUACAACAGACCACCAUUAUUGCCACAUACUUUUCUUCCACCUGAUCAAACUAGACCUCAACAACAACAACAACAACCUUAUAUGAAUGCAGUAAAUCAACAAAAUCGAUUUCCCAGCAACAUGUCAUUUCCACCAGGUCUUAACAACAAUAAUCAGUCGACGUUACCUCGUCCCAAUACAAUGCUCCCACCUCAUUCAUCUUCUUGGUCAGAUGUACGUUUUUCCGAACCAUCAAGUUCAAAUAUUCCUGCUGGUCAUUUUGUUCAAUCCAAUCAAAUUCCUCAUAUUCCAUCCAAUUCAAAUAAUAAUAACAAUACGUCUUCAUUGAAUUCUUAUGAAAUGCAAUUAACUCAAAAAACAUUUAUAUCUCCUCGUCCACCUGGUCCAUUGUUCACAUGUCAACAAUCUGGACUACGUCAACAAAUACAACAACGUUUACCAUUACCACAACAACAACAACAACAACGACAUCCUCAUCAUCAAGUACAAUUGGAAUCGUCUGGAUUUCGUCCAAUGGGGUCUGGAUUACCAUUGAAUAAUUGUAGAAUACCAAUGAAUAAUGAUGGUAUUCUCGGUAGUGCUAAUCCUUCUACUGGUGUCAUCAGUGGUGGUGGUGGUCGUGGUGUUAUGCAUAUGCAAUGGUCUAAUAACAACAGUAAUCAAACAACUAUGCCACCGAUAUCUUGUAAUCCUAAUGCUUUUAUGCUUAAUUCAGGACAAAUGAAAACAUUUAAUCGACCAAUAUUUCCACCUCGUGUUGUUGGCGGUGCUAUUGUCGCUCCUCCCGCUCCACCACCUCUCGGCGGUGGUAGUGGUGGCGGUGUUAUUGGCUUACCCUUUCGAUAUCGGAAUUUUUCUAGAGGUGGUUUUCCUGGACGAUGA